AUGGGUUCUUCUCAGCACUUAGUGACCUUUGAGGAUGUGGCUGUGGACUUUGCUCAGGAAGAGUGGACUUUGUUGGAUCACUCGAGAGAUCUCUACAGAAAUGCGAUGCUGGAAAACUACAGGAAUCUCAUUACACUAGCAGAGUCCGAAUUAUGCAAACCUAUUCUCAUGUCUCCAUUGGAACGAGGGGAAGAGCUGAGAACGGGAGUGAGAAGAGUUCUGCAGGAAUUGAAUUUGCAAAUCAAAACCAAAGCCUCACCACUGCUUCAAGAUAUUUAUACAGAAACAUCAUUAAAUGGAAUACAACUGGAGAGAAGCAAUACUGCAGAGAAACUCUGUGGCUCUAACCAUUGUGGAAAAGUCUUUAGUGAACAUCUGUCUCUUAUGACUCACAUGAGAACUCACAUUGGAGAGAAAAUUUCUGAGGAUAAUCAGAGUGGAAAAGCCUUAAGAAAGAACUUAAUUGGUAAUUUUUAUAAGAAAACUCAUGUUGAGGAGAAAACUUCUAAGUUUUUUCAACAUGGAAAAGCUUUUAUCCAGUUUCCAAAUUGUACUGGUCAGAAGAAAACUCAUACACGGGAGAAACUGUGUGAAUGCAAAGAUUGUCAGAGAACUUUUCUUAAGCAGUCAUCCCUUAAGGUACAUAAGAGAUCUCACAAUAGAGAAAAACACUAUGUAUGUAAGGAAUGCGGGAAAGCCUUCAGUAAUUCCUCACACCUUAUAGGCCAUGUAAGAAUUCACAGUGGAGAGAAACCCUAUGUUUGUAAAGAAUGUGGCAAAGCUUUCACUCAGUCCACAGGACUCAAAUUACACAUCAGAACUCACACUGGAGAAAAGGGCUACGAAUGUAAGGAAUGUGGGAAAGCAUUUGCUCGGUCCACAGAUCUUAAUAUGCACAUGCGAACUCACACAGGAGAAAAGCCCUGCGAAUGA